AAGUUGUCGGAAGGGAAGGGAAGCAAGCUAACAACAACGCCCACGCCGGCCCAUGCCCCCCCUCACUCAAUCAAGGUUUAGAGGAGGAGGAAGAGGAAGAGGAGGAGCAUUGUGGUGCGGCAAAUAAUUGUCCUUCUCUAUCUCUGCUCUUCGGGUCAUUCCGCGGUGUCGGAUUUUGUCUUCGCAGCAUGAUGUCUGUGGCCGUGCUCCUCACUUCAGGUGGAUCAUUCAUGUAGCCGCAAACAGCUAUUGGAUUUUAGGGAGGGGAUGGAUGGUGUCGGAAUGGGAGCAUCCUUUCCCUCUGUUUCUAUUCGCCCUCUGUAGGGUUUCUGUUUCGCUUUCACUCGCUGUUAUAAGGUUUGAAGUUCUAAUUGUGCUUUGCCGCUUCCUGCUGCAUCUUGUUCAAUUCUUUCUUUGCGUGGAUUGGAAUUUCAAUUGCGGUACGAUGCGUGAUUUUCUUGUUAAAACUGAUGGUGGGUUGAGCUGGGAGUGGUGUAGCUUCUUGCUAGCGAGUUCUCUUGGAUUGGAGCUGGUUGAGGAGCUAGAUCAUCGUCUGAAGACGUUGCGUGGCCUGAAUCCCAAAUUGUGGCCAUGGCCGAAGAGGAUCCCGAUACGAUGAACAGGGAUAAUCCCGAACCCGCUACGGAAGGGGAGAAUAUCUGUUUGUGGACGAAACUACCCCGGGAAUUGCAACAUAAGGUGCUCAGCUACUUGCCCCUUCGAAACUUGUUCCAGGUUCGGUGUGUGUGCAAAGACUGGCGCUACGUAAUCCAUCGUCGUGGCUUUCGUAGUUUGUACGAUGGAAGGUACGCCUCAGAAUGUCCUAGUCCUGCAAUCUGUUAUGCGGGAUCUUACUACCCGAGUAGUCUCGAGUGGUCAAUUUAUGAUUAUGUCGACAAAGUAUGGAAGAAGAUGAGGAGCUUUCCUCCUCAAACUAGAGUGGAGCACUCUCUUGUCGAUCAGAGCAUUUACUCUGUAGAAGGGCUUCUUUGUUUGCUCCUCUGGAAGCAAGAGCAGAAUAUUCGAACUCAUUUCCCCUGGUUAGUUUGGAACCCUCUCACCAACAAGUGGAAGAAUCUUCCCACCUGUAAGCACAAAACUGUCAAUCGCGGCACUUUCUUUGUGCAUGCCUAUGCGGAUGUCAGUUCCAAGACCUACAAAAUUCUGAUGGCUCAUAACCCAAAGCAACACCCUUACCAGUACAUGGAGUCCGACACAAGGUUGGUGACCGAGAUCUAUGAUUCAGCAACUGGGACGUGGACGGAAUCUCCAGAGUACAAACUCCAGCUUCCUUUGAGUUCUUCAUUUAAUCAAGCACCUAAAAGAGGCAUGCUUUGUAAUGGUAUGGUCUACUUUGUUACAAGCACGUCAAAUGAGAAUAUUCUCUUGUCAUAUGACAUAAAGAACGAUCAAUGGCAUGAGGAGACUACUGACGAGGAGGAACGCAUGGAGAUUUUUGAGUGGGACGGUCAUGUGAUGACAGCCCUGCCUUUGCUUGUUGAUGAUUUUUUUAUUGAAGAAAAUGGAUACCGGAUUUUGCUUUUCGAGAGGAAUCCUGAUACGAAGAGGUGGGAAGAUACUGGAAUCGAGAUUCCUUAUAAGAUUAGAAAUAAGUUUUUCGAGGAUGAGGAGGGUGUUGAAAUAGUUGCUAGUGGAAAUCAUCUCGCCAUUACUGGUUAUACGAGAGAUGGAAGUUUUAGGAUUGCAGUUUACAAGAAAGCAGAGAAGUAUUGGAGAUUUCCUCCAACUGCGUCCUUCUCUGAUAAGAUGCGGCAAGCCAGGGUAGAAGGGUUGUUCCAAUUUAAACCAAGAUUAGACUGGAUCCCUUGAGAGAUUUUGGAUAAUUAUAAACUGUAUCAGUUCUGGAAGGGGUUGGUGGCGUCCAUAUAGAUAACUUCAAUCCCGGCUUACAUGAUACUGCUGCACGUCUGAGUUGUAGUUCACGUUUGAUGUGUGAUACCACAGUUUUUUACUGCGAAAUUGUAGAUUUUUAGUACUUGAGUUGUUUUGCUUUCGAUA